ACAAGGGUAUUUACCUGCACAGGCAGAUGCUUAUAAACCCCAGCUCGAGGUACAAGUAAUCUGUUCACCAUGUUUCAGCCGAAUUAUCUCCUUUUUGUAAGCUGUUGUCUGCUGUUGUCCAUUCAGGCGGCAGCAGAGCCUGGAUUUCAAGUAAGAAUUACCAAACGCGGUCUGGAUUACGUAAAUGAAAAUGCCGUGAAAACCUUGGUGGCCGAGCUUCCAGCGAAGAACAUCCCUGAUCAGUCUGAACGUUCUGGUAGCCUUGAAUAUACUCUUUCUCAGAUUCGAAUACCAAGCAUACAGGUACCUAGCAGCGAAGUCACUCUCGUUCCUGGCAAUGGCCUGAGGUGGUCAGCUUCAAAUGUUGGCCUCAGUGUACAAGCUAACUGGAGAGUCAGGACCACGGGAUGGAUUAAGGUUUCCACAUCAGGGUCUGUGGGUGCGACGUUGUCUGGCAUCGAUUUUGGCAUCACCAUCAACGUUGGUCAAGACGCUAAUGGCAGACCAUCCAUAAGCUCUGCGGGAUGUCAAAGCAACAUCCGCAGUGUUUCCUUGAAUAUACAUGGAUCCCUUGCUUUUGUCCUCAAUUUGUUUAAGGGGCUGUUAGAGAGAAAAGUCAAAAGCAUAAUUCCUGGACUGCUCUGCGAUCAAGUCACAAAACUGGUCAAUGUAAAUGCACAAACAGAGAUCCAGAAACUGAAAGUGACCAUACCCCUGUUGGGGAAUCGUUUUCUCCUGGACUAUCGCCUAAUUAUGCCACCCGCCUUCACUUCACUUUAUCUGCAGACGUACCACAAGGGGGAGAUUACAUGGGCAGCUAACCCAAGUUCACCACCCUUCUCCCCACAGCCGAUCCCAUCUUCAGAAGACAGCAGCAAAAUGGCAUACUUGUGGAUUUCUGAGUAUCUGCCUCAGUCUUUAGCAUAUGCUGCACAGAGCAAUGGAUUUCUGCGCUACAAUCUUACAGGCCAAGAUCUUCAACCUGGGAACAAGACUUUCUUGGAUGCCACCUGCAAUGGCUUGAGCUUCUGUAUUGGCGAGCUGUUUCCAGCUAUUGCAAACAAAUACCCCAACAGCAAGGUGGAGAUGCAAAUGAGCUCAUCUCAGAUACCAACUGUCCAGAUGAGACCAGAUUCACUGGGUGCUAGCUUUACAGGGAACAUUGAUUUCUAUGCCCACACACCUAGUGGACAAGGAGCCUCUCUAUUCACUCUUAAUGUCUCUGUCAGCAUGGAUUUCAGUGCUUCACUAAGCAAUGACAUGAUAAUGGGGAAAAUCUUAAGCACAAGGAUCAAUGUUGGUGUCCAAUCAUCUGUUAUCGGGCCUUUGGAUGCGAGUAACAUCAACACUGUAGUACAGUCAGCAAUGGAGCUCUUCAUUGUACCACAGUUAAAUGAAGUGGGCAGUAGAGGUUUUCCCCUUCCUAAAGUUGACAACAUAAAGUUUGUCAACUCUGAGCUAAGAAUCUUGCAGGGAGCUCUUAUGGUUGCAACUGAUGUACAGUAUGGUGUUUGAACAUGGAACAUUCAGGAUCCGUUUUUUCUGUAGAUGACUUUUAAAACAUUAAUGUUAAUUUUGUCUUUGGUAGAAUAUUUCACCUGACCAUAGAGACUACAACUCUUUGUAGCUGAUUUUACUUCAGAGUCAUUUUACUUGCUUAUCAGAAAAAUGUAUUUGCAACUUUAUUUCCCUGAAAUUUGUUGUAAUCAAUAUAGUUUAAAUGUUGCUUUAUGUUCUUGACAAACCACCUUGAAAAAUUCUUUUUAAUUAUAUGAUUAUUUUGAAAAAAAAGGGGAAGAAUUUUGUUCCAAAUGUAAAGUUAGCUAAGUCUAAGUUUUCAGUAGUUAGUGGAAGCGGAUCAUGCUUGAUGAACAUUGAUUGUAAACUAUAGUGAUGAUCAUAAAAGGAACAGGCUUCACAAAGCUUAGAUCCAACUGUGUCCUGUAUGAGCAUGAUAAUCAGCUGUCUACCCAUGACAAUAUACAGCAAUUAUUUCUUUGAUUUCAAAACUUGAAAUUAAUGGCUGCAUGUAGUCCAUGCUAAUUUAUAUAUAUUAUAGAUGCUGAACCUUUUCAGUCUUUGGAUUGUUCCCCAUUCAUUAAUAUAUAAAAAACUCUAGUCAAGCAAAUAUUGUAAUAUGAUGGUUGGAUUGAACAUUUUCAGAAAAAUAUUAAUUACUGGGUAUGUAACGUUUGCAAGAAUUUGUAAUAUUAAGAAUAGAAAGACAAGUAGACUACAGUUCUAGGGAAUGCACUUUGUGUAAGCCAUAAAGCAAUCUACUUAAAUGUCAGCAUCUUAUUGCUCGUCUUAAAGGAGACGCAGAGGAUUUUUAUUUUGCUUUUGAACACUAUUCCUUUGUCUGCUUUCCCAACCAGCACCUCUUAAAUGUAAGGUUUAUGCCUGAGUUGAGCUCUUGUUAGUAGUUUUUUCCAGUCUUGGAAUAAUAAUAAUAAUAAAGCAGAUUUUCAUAGUGCA